AUGUCGGUAGUCAAUACCCAACUAGAAGAUCCAGCGCGGGCUACCGAAAUUGGAGCCGAAGUUUACAUGCCUGUUGGACCUGUUGCCCAAGCCGGUCCAGGCCAGCGCCGAUACACGGCGUUGGGAGUACAUGUUCUAGAUGGGUCGACGGUAUUCAUCAAAGAUGUCUGGCGAGAUGAACGCAGGUUAUUUUUUGAGGCUGCGCUGUACGAAGAGGCCCAUAAGGAGCAGGUGCUUUCAGGGCUAAUGACGGUCGAGGCUCACGGCUACGUCCUCGACGAAACACGAAAACCAAUUCGCACGCCGCGCAUCGCUGCGAAAGAUUCUGAUGAGUCAGGAGCUGAAUCCGGAAGGUGCAAGAUGCGAAUAGUGACAAAGGAUGUUGGUCGGCCACUGGGAAGUAUACGAUCGUUACGUCAUUUUCUCUGCGUUAUGUACGACGCUUGCGCUGUGCAACGUAACCUCUACCGGAGGUCUCGAAUUUUACAUCGCGACAUCAGCGAUACCAAUAUCAUGGUUGCACCUGAUACGAACGAGUAUCGAAAUCGCAAUAUGUGUGGAUACGCGGAAGUGAGAUUUGUUAACCAGGUGUUAGCGAAGGACAAGAACGCUAAUCCUGAUCCUGCCUGCCUGUUGGUGGACUUAGGGAACGGAGCUGAUCUCAAAGUCGAGCGCAAUGAACAAGUCCUGAAAGAACGAACUGGGACUCCCAAAUUUAUUGCACGUUCCAUUUCGUGCGGAAGUUUGCUUCCCAGAGGGGACGAUGAUGAACAGAUGCCACCACUAGUCGAAUCAAUACUGAAUCAAAGUAAAUUCAUGCACACUACUGAGUAUCAGGUCCUCAAUAAUAUAACCUCGGGUACUCAACCUCACGUCGAAUUUGCGCAUCGACUUUUCCACGACGCAGAAUCAACGUUUUGGGUUAUUGCUUGGACACUUGCUCGGUCUAUCAAAGAAGGGCACACACUGGAGCCCACACCCGACCCAGAAUUCCGCCGCUUCUUUCACACCAUGCAAAGACACUUUCCGACCCCCAAUGAUCGGGACUCUCGAGCAAUUAUUUGCGUAAAAAGUUGUGAAUAUUGGACCCAAAUCCUGCACGAUGAUCUCAAGAGCUUGGGUCCAAUGCUUUUCGGAAUGUUCAGAUAUAUUCUUCCCGAAUGGACUUAUCGAUCAGAACUCAACCCUGAACACGUACACGAAGCUUUGAUGCGACUCCUGCUGGUCGAGAUAGUUCGCAUAGAUAAGGAAAAGUCUGACAUUCCCCUUGUCAUUGGUGGCCGCCCAGUCCCUCCCCCGCCAGGUGAGAUGGCCUACGGUCCCUCCCCUGAUCUCUCUCUCUCCUACAGCACUUCUUACUCCGAAUCUUUAAACCCUUCAAAGAAGAGAAACCUUUCGCUUGCGGAUGAACCGCCAGUUCUUCGCCGCAGCCCUCGUUUAAGGGAUCUUUCAAAAGCCCCCGGCACAGGCGCAGCAACCAAAGCUGAAAGCACCCCGGCUACACAGCCCUCACUCCCCCUCACUCGCCCACCAUUACCUUGCGCACUCCCACUUGCUCCUCCUCCUGGGCUUCUUCUCACGCUGGCCGCUCCUAUCCGCCAACACAUCCCAUGGCAACCCGCUCCCGGCCGCCCUCUUGAACCCGCUCCCCUAUUGAUCAAGGGGACCUGGGACCCUUCCUUCCUAUCCCUCGAGCGCGUCACACGCCUCCUCCUUGGCCUCCUUGGCCAAGUCAAACGCCUCGAACGAGAAGUUGGGGAAAUCAAAGAAGCAGGGAUCAAAACCCGCACCAACGUCGAAAAUAUAUCCCAAGCCGUCGAUGUUGUCAAGGAUGGGCUUAGAAGCCUCCAGCUCCACGGGCCACGGACCCCAGAGGACACAAAACCCCCGGUCGUGGAAGCAACGCCACGCCCCCUAUCAAAAGUUGACCCUAUUGGAUCGACUAGUUGGGUCUCAUUCUGGCCCGAAUCAUCCAAGGGGCUCCCUACCUUUGCCCAGCCCACUCCGGUCCAAGCAGUGCCCCCGCAAGUCCCAUCUCCCCCUCCAUCUCCGCGUCUCCAAUCCCCCAUCGGAGCACCUGCCCCUCCACCUCCGGCUCCAGUCGCCGCCUAUCCCGCUCCGGUCAAGGUUGACCACCCCAACGCCUACACAGGCAAAAUAGGGAGCAAAGCAAAGCAGUGGCUGACCCGGAUGUUAGCCUGGACCCGCCUCAACUCCCGCAUGUUCCCCACGGACCAAGAGGUCUUAUCAUUCCUCCUCAUGAACAUGAAGGAUUCCGCGGGAGCAUGGGCCCAUCCACACCUUGACCAGCUUGGGUCACACCAAGCCAUUAUCCAAACGGUCAAAGGGUUCAAACUGGAGUUCCUGGCAGCAUUUGGUGACCCUGAUGCCACAAGGGCCGCCAAGCGGAAGAUAACCUCCCUUACCCAAUCCGGCACAUGCGCGGAUUACAUUACAAAGUUCAGAACCUUAGCCAUGGAACUGGACUGGAACGACGCGGCCCUCCGAGGCCAGUUUGCCCGCGGCCUCCACUGGGAGGUCAGCCGCCAAAUUGCCACCCGCGAGCACCAACCCCGCACCCUCCUCGAGCUGCAAAACGCAGCACUCGUCAUCGAUAACGCUCUCCGCAAAGAGCGAGCUAGCCACCCACCAAGGGAUAAUAAGUCUAGCAGACCAUCCAACCCCGCAAGGGGGACAAGUACCGGCCAAGCCAUAACCGGUUCGAAGAAACUCUCCGACAACCCCAACUUUGUGUCGGAAGAAGAACGCAAUUGCCGCCGCGCCGCAGGCGCCUGUAUCAAGUGCGGCAAAAUGGGUCACAAGUUCGCGGAAUGCCGCACGGGCUGGAAAGCCACCCCUAUUGAGGAUAAGGGGAAGGCUAAGGAAGCCGCCAAGAUUGGCAAAGACUCCGAGUACCAAUCGGGAAAAGAGUAA